AUGUACAUGCUUGCUUGUGGGCCAACAUACGUCCUGCCCACUAUCGGUUCACUCGCCGACACAGUCAAAAGAACCGAGGACACCACCUACAUCGACUUCGCUUGCUCUACCCCGGAGGCAGAGUCGAUACGUGCCGCAUUCGGCGAAGCGGCCUACCACCAAUAUGUCGAAGGGUUACUCGCUACCCAAACAGCGAAAGCGGCCAGACAGGUCGAGAUUAGCAAGGAGCUGGCCUCAAAGAGGUCCAAGAUCCAGCGAUGGAUCACGAAGAUCAGACAUGCAUAUACGGAGCCAAUCUGA